GUUCACGGCAAGGUCCUGCUACUAGCGCGUGUUUGCUCCAUAUCCAUUCAGUCUCUGCCUAUUUCUUCCUCUCCUCUCAGCAAAUCCUCUUCUCUCUUCCUUCCUUUCUUUUCUUUUGUAAACUUGUCGUCAACAACGCAGCAAAGAACAUUCAGUCAUGGACUGGAAGACACCCAGCAAAUACAUCACUCUCGUUUCUGGCGAUGGCUUCGAGUUUGUCGUUCUUCGCGAUGCUGCUCUUGUCAGUCCAAUCAUCAAGGGCAUGCUCGACGUGAGAAGCCAGUUCGCCGAAGCCAAAGAGGCCCGUUGUGUCUUCCAAGAGAUGAGCGCCAUGGUCCUUGAUAAGGUUGUCGAAUACUUCCACUACUGGUACCGCUACCGUGACAGCGAGGAUGUUCCCGACAUGGAGAUCCCGGUCGAGCUCUGCCUCGAACUGUUGGCCGCGGCAGAUUACCUGGGCCUGGACCAGUAUGCAGCCCAGCCAUGCAUUGCUACAACCGAUUGCUUCGAUACUAAUCUCAUCCAGGGCGAAUAUGGGCAUGAAGUGAGAAGCUACGAGAUCCUAACUCAGAUAUGGGCAUGAAGAGUAUGCCCUAAUCUCAGCAUUUAAUGACGGCGUUUUGGAGUUGGUAUGGUGAGGUUCAGUCGGUCUUAUGCAGCUCUCUUCAGACCUUACAGUUUAUCUUUGUUCUUGCGAAUGAUGGUAAUGGACUUACACUAGAGACGAUUGACACACGUCGAACCAGAACAGAUC